AGGGAAGCCGUCACUCAGCCCCACGGGCCAAUGGGAGAGCGGAUAGCUCCGCCUCCUAACCUGGGCUGAGAUGCGGGCAUGCGCACUGGGCGUCCCAGCGCCGCCGCCCAUCAGCUGAGAAUUGGCCCUGGGGGCUCUGGGGCCUUGUAGGCGACCGUGGCUGGAGGAGGAGGAGGUGGAAGCCGAGGAGGUCGGGGUGACUGCUUAAGAAAACUGCACAGCCCGCCAACAUCUGAUGAAAUUAGUGAAAAAGCAAAUCAGUCAUGUCUUACAUUCCAGGAAUUGGUGGUGAUCCUGCCCAGCUGGCACAGCGUAUCUCUUCCAACAUCCAGAAGAUCACACAAUGUUCUGUGGAAAUACAAAGAGCUCUGAAUCAGCUUGGAACACCUCAAGAUUCACCUGAAUUGAGGCAACAGCUGCAACAGAAGCAGCAGUAUACUAACCAACUUGCCAAAGAAACAGAUAAGUACAUUAAAGAGUUUGGAUCUCUGCCCACCACCCCCAGUGAACAGCGUCAAAGGAAAAUACAGAAAGAUCGCUUGGUGGCUGAAUUCACAACCUCACUGACAAAUUUCCAAAAGGUCCAGAGGCAAGCUGCUGAGAGAGAGAAAGAGUUUGUUGCUCGAGUAAGAGCCGGUUCCCGAGUAUCUGGUGGUUUUCCUGAGGAAAGCUCAAAAGAAAGGAAUCUUGUAUCCUGGGAAAGUUUUGUGUGUGUACGUGUGUUUUAUCUUAAAGAUAGCAUAGAAGCCAAUGUAGAAAAUGCGGAGGUACACGUUCAACAGGCAAACCAGCAGCUGUCAAGGGCAGCAGAUUAUCAGGUAGAAGCUGCCUUUUGCAUGUCAGCAAAACUCAAUUUUUUUUCCACAAAAGAGACUAUAGGAGACUUUUCGAGAAUGAGUGAUUGGAACUUAGAGCCUUCACGUUGCCAGAGAAUUCACACAAAUAUCCCCCGUUCUGAUGUCAGUGCCAGCCCACCAGGCCUGCUCGGACGUGGUCUUUCUUUGCAAUUGCUCAGAGGUGCAUGCUGUUUCCUGUGCUAA